GCACUACCUCAGUUAUUGCCUCUCUCUCUCUCUCUCUCUCUCUCUCUCUCUCUGUCUGCAUCUGUGUGUGUAGCUUUGUGUGGUUGAUUGAGAGAAGCAGUUGAAUUAGCAGAAUGGGGCGUGUUAGGACGAAGACAGUGAAGAAGUCGUCAAGGCAAGUGAUAGAGAGGUAUUACUCUCGCAUGACGCUGGACUUCCACACCAACAAGAAGGUUCUGGAAGAGGUGGCCAUCAUUCCGUCAAAGAGGCUCCGUAACAAAAUCGCCGGCUUCUCCACCCACCUUAUGAAGCGCAUCCAGAAGGGACCAGUGCGCGGCAUCUCCCUCAAGCUGCAGGAGGAGGAGCGCGAGCGCCGCAUGGACUUCGUCCCUGAAGUCUCUGCCAUCCGGACCGACCAGAUCGAGGUCGACAAGGAGACCAUCGACAUGCUCGCCGCCCUCGGAAUGUCCGAUGUUCCCGGCGUCGUCAAGGUCGAUCCGGUUGCCGUACAAGCACCGCCCGCAUUCGGUCGCGGCGCCGGCGGACGGAGGUAUUAGCCAACCCCGCCUUGUUUUCGGUUUUGGUCAUGUUGUUAAAUAGAGGACUAAUUGUUAUGUUUUUGUGAUUUGGAUUAUUAUAUAUCUUAUUAGGGUUUACAUUUCUGUGGCUGAGUUUUGGAUGGUCGGAUUUGUUAAUCUGUUAAUGGGAUUUAUUUGGUGUUGCUUAUGAUUUAUACGUUUAAAAUUCUAUUCUUGUUUGAA